UGUUGUCAUGGCAGCGCUGUAGCUAUCAAACUCUUGAGCAAUCCGGUACAUAUUGUACACAUACACAAAAAGAGAAUGCAAAUCUUCGAAGACUUUUAAAAGCGAAAUAGGCACGGGACAUUUUUCCGCAGUAGACGAAAUGCCUGCGUCGUACUGGGAGACAAACUGCAGUCAAGCUCCAAAUUCGAAGCGCUUUUCCUAAAAAAAAAGUCUUCUGUCUUUCGGUAUCCUUUGAGCAGCUCAAGCAUGUAAUCAGUCCCGAUCUGACUGUUGCUAAGGAUAUGGGGACUUUUGAAACUGCAGUGGCUCCUUAUCUUGACGAGAUGGGCGAGGACGAUGGCGAAGAGUACUGCGAUUUCGAGCCUCUUCCAGCACUGUUAGAGGACGAGGAAAAUGUGUCUCUUAUGGAUAUCCUUUCACUUCGGGACAACUGCCUUACUGAGCAGGAGAUAUGGGCAAUCUGCCUAGAGUGUGCCAUUUCCAUGAAGAGUAUUGACCACUCUGCCCUUUUCCACACACUCUGCAUUACUCCUGAUACUCUUGCUUUUAAUGCAAAUGGGAAUGUCUGCUUCAUGGAACAGCAGAGUGAUGAUCCAGAGGGUGCAUUUGUGCCUCCAGAAUUCGACAGAACAGGAAACACAUUUGAAGCACACGUUUACUCACUGGCUGCAACCCUCACAGCAGCUAUUAACUACGUGAUUGAGCCUGAACUGGAACCACAAUUAAGUGAAGAACUGAAGAUGGUUUUAGAAAAAAUGCAGCAAGAAUAUCCAGAAGACAGACCAAAUAUAGAGAGUGUUAUUAGCAUCAGCAAAGAAAAGUUGAAGUGUGUACCAUCUGCUGUUGUUUGUCGCAAACUUUCUUCUAUUGGAAGGAAAGUAUUAUCAAUAGAAUCAGUUUGUGCAUUUCAAGAGUGCAAUGAAAUCUCAUGGAUGAGAAAAGAUUACCAAUUAGGUGCUGGGCAUGCGCUACAUGAUUAUGUUCGAAAUCCAGCAGAUGGAUGUUCCAGCACUGAAGAUUUGGCCUCAGAUUCUAGUUUAUUCAAGAACCAAACUGCAGAUGUGACUCACUCUGAUGAAAAGCAAAUGCAGAUUUCAGACAAUUCUACAGGAGUUUCCAUUUUUAUUGAAACUAUCAACUUAACCCCUCAAAAAACGUGCAAUUACAGAGUCAGGAAUGAUGCAAAUAAAGUAUAUUUUAAACCAAAAUGGAGUGACACAGUUUUGGUUCAGCAAAACAUUAGGAAAAACUGUCCAGUUGAGGAAGUCCAGAUAAAAGCCUCUUCAGAUAUAAGUUUACACUGUGCUCAAAACCAGUCUUUAGCCACUGUAGAGAACAUACCUUGCAUUUCAUCUUUGUCGGAAAAUGAAAAAUCACCUUUGCUAUGGAAAGACACCAGCAAUGUGUUAAAUUUAAUUGGCCUUUCCAAAUUUCAGUCAAUUAGUAACCUGAACGAGUCGGAUACUGGUUGUGAACAAAACAGUCCUCCUUCUCGUCCAAUCUCUGAAAAAUCUGCAUGCAUUUCAGAUGUAGAAGAAUGGCAGCAUCCCCUCCCAGAGACUUUAGUGGAUGAGGACAGCAUGAACAUGUCACGUUCAACAAAUCAAGAGUCUUUGAUUUCCUAUAGUGACACAGUUUUGGAAAGCAUGGACACUUCAGGAAGCAUAUUGGCAAGAAGUCAUACACAUUCAGCUUCUACACAGUUAAUAAAUCAUACAGAGGCUUCAGAGUGUGACCAGAACACGAUAAACCCAUUUAGCAAUGGAUUAACAUUGGGUAAUCCCGAGAAACCUAAUAACACUAGUAAAAACAAUCAAUCACCAGUUUUUAAAUCUCCAGCUGCAAAUGACUGCUGGGUAAAUGAUGAUGAUCAGAAUGCUCAAGAGAAUUACAUGACAACAACCAUGCAGACAGAAUGGACAAGCCUGAAAGACUUUCUCUCACAGUGUGGCAGACCUUUAUCUGUAAAUGAAUUAUGGGCUCUUUGCUACAUAUGCCUUUACUCUCUUCAGCCUCAAAUUCAUUUUCCAGCAUUCUUAUCCUUGGACACAGUGUAUAUUGGUCGAAAUGGAGAAGUCAUGUUUUUGAACGUGAAGAGCACAGGUCAAAGUGAUGCGUUUUUUUUGGCUCCAGAAUUCCAGGAACACGGCAUUGCAACUGAAAAGGUGUGUGUGUAUGGGGUCGCAGCUGUUCUGUGGGCUGCAGCUAAGUUUAACUGCUCACCUAAUCAAAAGUUAGUAUUGCCAAGGAAAUUAAAAAGGCUUUUGCUUGAGAUGGCAAAGGGGACACCCGACGAACGCCCAUCCAUUGCUGUAGCAUUACAGGCUUGCAGUGACCACCUCUUUCAGCAAGGAAUUGACCCCCAUGACAUCUGGGCAAAACUUAUCAGCUGCAUUCAACAGCCAUAUUAUGACGAGGAUGUUGAUGAAUCAGAUGAUACGGUCGAAGAUGAACAUGCACCAAGUGCAAAUGAGCCGUCUGACUGCAGAAAGGGAUUUAUGCCUGUUGCUGGUGAAAAUAAGCUCAAUGCUAUUAAAGGUCCACUUCCAUGUAAAUAUCCUGUAAACAGCUCUUGCGGUCUCCCCGAUGCUUUUAUGUCUCCAGCAACUCAUUUUAAGCCUAUCAUCCUUAAACAGAAUGCAGAUCUACAAAGUCCCAACAAUGAAUAUAAGAAUACCAGCGCCAAACAAUAUGUGAAAGCUGUGAAAAAGGAAAUUCAGCAAAAGAAAGGCCAAGUUCCUGUGGCUGACAUUGAAAAUGAUGUCACUGGCAAAGGAUCUGAUGAAGACCAAGAAAAAUUUCAGAAUGAUAUUUCUGAAGAAAUAAACACUUCUCCUGCAUCAUCCAAAGGAGGUCCCCAAAUUUCUCCACUUUCAGCAUUUUCAGAUACUCAAAGAAAAAGCAAUUUCAGCUCCACUUUUCCCUCUAGUUCUUCACAGUCUUUAUCUAUGUCAGAUAACUCUUCCAUUAAUAAUUUUUUACUUAGACAGGACCCAAAAACUGGAAAUCUAACUUUAUUACCUGUUCAAGUGGCAAUUUCAAAAGAUAUGGUGGGCUUAGAUUUUAAUGUUGGCCAUAUUUCAAGUUCAUUACAUAAGCUUCCAUUAAAUGUUGAAGAAACGGAUUCCGUGGAUCAUUCAGUUAUUUCUCCCCAACCAAAGAAUAAUAUGAGAGAAACAGAUGAAAGCAUACUUUGUUUAAACUUUGGGGCAAAAGAGGAUAUGAACAAGGAAAAUGCAAACGAGUUGGCUCUUACUACUGUACACUCUGAACCAAGAUUACAAAUUCAAAGAUUUAACUGUGCAUCCACAUCAGCAAUAAUGAAGGAUCCAUGUACAUUGUACCACUCUGAAGAAAGCAUGAAAUGGCCUGCAAGUUUACAUUCAAACCAAAGAAACCCUUCUUUAGAAGGGGCUGUACAUCUUAUAAAAGAAGAAUUUGCUUUUGAUGGCUAUCUGGAGAAUGGAGUUGAAGGUGUUGCAAUGGGGCAGUAUAUUCUGUCAUUGAAAAACCUACAGUUUCAGACUUUCUGCAGUGCAAUUUCAGAAAAAUUCUGUGACCUUUACUGGGAUGAGAAAUUACUUGAAAAACUAUACACAGUAGUCAAUGGGAAGUUUCCUGCAACCGACAAGUCCGAUUCAAAAUGUUUCAUAGACAUUAAUAAUUCUGGAUUUCUGCCAGUAAACAUGGAGGAAAUUAUAGAACCAGCGGUGCAAAAAAAUCAAACGAAGAUUAAACAUCCUUCUGAAAGUAAUUCCCUUGAUUGGAACAGAGUAAAAAUACCCACUCCGAAGCAGCUGACAACAGAGUUUCAGUCUUUACAAGAAACAGAACACUUAAAUUUAUCAGAGAAAACGUCUCUUGAGAAUGGAAAUGAAACCGAGAAUAUUAGUCUAGCGGAUCUAAAUGAUAACAUGGUGAACUGCUUAAGUGGAUCUGAACUGAAUAGUAAAACAGGAAACAAUAAGGAAGAGUGUAAUGACACUGACCUUUCAUUAUUAUCAGCAAGUAUACACGAUGUGCUUCUGAAUGAUGUUUCUUCUCAUGACACAAAUGCAAAUGAAAAUUCUGAAAAAACAAUACUAGUUGAAAAACAACAGGAGUUUGACUGCAACUCUCAAUGUUACACUAAGGAAACAUGCCAGCUCAGUCUAGAUUAUGCAGAAGACUCAGAAGAUGGAGACUCCUUACCUUCUGACAGGACACCUGAUAACAUCUAUUCUUCCUCAUCAUGCCGAAUGAAUACUCAGAAAUGCAGUCCUGGCUGGCAAGGUGCAUUUUAUGGUGUGAAUCAUUUUGGGGUGGAUGUAUUGAAUUACGUCAAAACUCUUGGUCAGCAAGGUAAAGAAUGCCAUGUCCAGACUAAAAUGAUAGAGCUUCAGCAACAACUAAUGAUUGAGACAAAAAAUUACAAAAAAACAAGAACAUUCUACCAAAAAUUGUUAUAUCAACAAAGAAAACAUAAAGGUUCAGAUUCCAAGCUGAUACUACCAAAACUAAAAAUGGAGUUAGAAGAAAUGAGAUCUAAGAUUGAAUUUUUGAAUUUAUCGAAAAAUUAUCUUGAUAUGUUGUGUUUGGAGCAGUGGGGCCUAGAGCCCACUCUUCUUACAAUGUUAGCUGUUCAUGGAACUGGAGAUGAAGCUGCCCUGCUCAAUCAUUUUGAGGACACUUCAUUCCUAACUUUCCACACAGUUAAAAUGAGAGGAAAAGGUCAUCUGAACAGUACAAAAAUUCUGCAAGCAGGAACACCUCUUGGUCUAAUAUGCCACCUCUUUGCUAGGAAAGCGUUUCUAGAAGGAUAUGUUCAACAGUUUCUUUAUACCUUCCGAUAUUUUUGUAGUCCCAAGGAAUUUCUUCAGUUCCUUAUCAAUACUUUUAAUAGCACAAUAAGUUUAAACUGCACGUCUGAUUUGGGAAAGAUUCACAAUCGAACAUUAGAUUUGCUGCAGGCUUGGAUUGAAGACUGUCGUCAAGUGGAUUUUACACCAAAUACAACUCUCUUGAAUACUCUUGAAGAUUUUAUUAGAAAUAAGGUAAUUCCAGUGGAUAGUCGAGGUGAACAAAUUCUGGCCUUUCUGCAAAGUAAACCAGAAAAAAAGAGGAAUUCUAUCAUAAAUGUCGGCUGCCAUACUUCCAUGAGUAUUGAUGACAAUGACUCAAAAUCACUACAUGCCCUUUCCAAAAAACUGUCCAGAGAAGAUAGUUUGAGAAAGAGCUUUCACUGGAAGCCUUCAAGAAGUGGUGAAGCACAUAAUUUAUUACCAAACGAAAAGCAAUAUACUAUUGCAGCCUUACCCCGACCUUUCUACGCCUCCAUGGUUGAUGCUUUUUCAGGUUCUUCUUUGAAAAGUGAAGAGAAAAAUCCAUUGGUUCAAACAGAAUAUGGUACACUGCAGAUUCACCAACAGCUGACAUUACUACAACAGGAAAUGUUUCAGAAAUGCCAUCCAGUGCAUUUUCUUAACUCAAGAGCACUUGGGGUUCAGGAAAAAACACAAAAAAUGUCUGUUUACAACACUGUGCCAGUAGAGGGCAGUAAUCUCUUUUCUCCUGAAACUUCACAAGACAAAUAUCUGUUGCAGCUGCUGAGAUAUGCAGAUAACAUCAGUAACUGGGUUGCAGCAGAAAUUGUUAUAUGUGAUACAACAAAGACGCAGACAUCUUUGUUGUCAAAAUUCCUUCUUAUUGGCAAACUUUGCUAUGAAACUCGGAACUUUGCUACUGCUAUACAGAUUCUUACAGGACUGGAAAAUGUGAUUGUAAGACAGCUACCUGCUUGGAAAAAUCUUACCACAAAAGUAUCUGAAAUCAUGGAGGAAUUGAAAGCUGUCCAGGUGUUCCUAAAAAGUGAUAAUCUGUGUUUAAUGGAAGGAGACAGAUUUAAAAAACUGCCAACUAUCCCCUCAGCACAUGUUCUCGCUAUGCAUGUGCAACAACUUGAAAUUGGUGCUUUAACCAUGGCAAAUGGUGCAUAUAAAUGGCCUAAGCUAAGGAACAUCGCAAAAGUAGUGAGCCAGAUCCAUGCCUUUCAGGACCACUUGUAUACUUUUGCCCCUGAUCUGGAACUGCAGGCUUACCUCAGACAUCGAGUUUCUCUUUUUGCUGAAGCUGAUAUUCCUCAAUUAGCUGCAGACAACUCAACAAAUUUCCACCAGCUGUCUACUCCUAAACAUUCUCGUAAAAUUCAAGACACAAUAAGGAAAAUGAAAGCCACAUUUCAGUGAUUUUCUUAUCAUUUCAUGAUACCGAAGAAAACUGUUCUACAAGCGUUUGUUUUGUUUUUAUAUUGUACAAGCUUUAAAAGAGUUAUGAAGAUGUAGGGACAAUGAUAUUUUCCAAAUAUGCUUACACUGUCUUCAGUUUACCAAAGGCUUCAACCUUUGUUUCUAACUUAUGAAAAUAAGCUGUACAUUAAAACAUGAUUAUGUACAAACCUUUGCUUAUUUGGCUAACAUUUCUUUAAAGUUUUAGUUGAUGUAAAAAAAAAAAACUUUGAGUUUACUUUGUAGUAUAUUUAUUAGGUAAUGCACAUGCCACUUUUUUAUUUCUUUCUCUUUACCUGCAAUAUAAACGUUUAAUAAUCACAUACUAUAUAUUUAUAUUAUUUAAUAAAAUAUAACUUCUGUAAAUAAGCCAAAGAUAUAAAAUUGUCUCUCUGAUAUAUCGCUGUUUCAAUAAGUUGCUUAAUGCAGGAAAUGUUACAAAGUCUUCUUGAUCUAAUAGAUCUCUAACAACAUAUGUUGUGGUUUUUCUUCUAAUGGAACUUGAUUAUUUAUACCUUUCAGAUGAAUAAAACAUUUUAAAAGGGGGAGAAUAA